AUGUUCCAUGGAUUGCCAAGUGAAGACCCCAUUGAUCACCUUGAUGAGUUUGAUAGGUUAUGUGACUUUGACAAGAUCAAUGGUGUCUCUGAAGAUGCCAUCAAGCUGAGACUCUUCCCUAUGUCUCUUGCUGACAAGGCUCACCAAUGGGAGAAGAGCCUGCCCCAUGGCACAAUCACCACUUGGGAUGAAUGCAAGAAGGCCUUUCUUGCUAAGUUUUUCUCCACCGGUCGCACAGCCAAGCUAAGGAGUGAGAUAUCGAGCUUCAUACAGAGGAACAAUGAGACUUUUGCUGAGGCUUGGGAGAUUCAAAGGGCUACACAAGAUGUGGAUGAUGGCUGGCAGCUUGUGGAAAACAUUGCAAACUCCAAUGGAAGCUAUGGAGAAGAGUAUGAUCGCACCAACCGGAGCUCGACCCACCACUCGAUCGAGUCAGAGAGAAAUUGA